AAUGAGUGCGCAUAGACGCGUCUACUAUGCGGUCUACUUGGUGUUGAUCCUGCUGAUCCUGGCCGUGCUUUCUUACAAUUUCACUGGGAAUCUCUGCGGUUCCAAAGAGAAAUCCCCAAAUAAAAGCAUUUCUAAAGCUGAGGUAGAUUCACUGUACGAUGACAUCAGAAUACUCUGCAUGAUACCAUACAACUACAACAAUCCCAGCACUGCAAAAUAUGUAAAGCGAACGUGGGGAAAACACUGCAAUGUCUUGCUCUUUGUCAGCGGAAACGUCGAUGAUGAACUUGAGCCGUAUGUGCCAGGAAUCAAUACUACAGACAAUUGGACUCUGGUGCAUCGAGGCUUGAUACAUACCUUUGAGGUCUACAAAGACGAGGCCGAAUGGUUUCUUAAAGUAGAAGACUCUAGCUUUGUAGUUCUGGAGAACCUCCGCUUUAUAAUACACAGUAAGAAAUUUGUAUCUACUGCGCCGAUCUACUUCGGCCAUGAACUGGAAAAUAUAUACGCACAUAAGCCAUUUGUCUUCUCCAAAAGUGGCUAUGUGAUUAGCCAUGAGGCACUAAAACGCUAUGUGGACCUAGGCAGGAAUCCAAACAACAACCACUGCCAACACUUGGAGGGCUUUACGGAGGAGCUGGAGUUGAGUCGGUGUCUAGGUCAUGUGGGUGUCACCGCUGUAGACAGCCGUGAUGAGGACGGAAAUGAGACCUUCAUGCCCGUUCAUAUGGAUCACCAUUUUUUGGAGGGCUAUGAUUACAUAAACUGGCUAAAGAACAUGGCAUACCAUAAGGUGGACAGAGCAGCAGUCCCUUUGUCUAAACGCGCCAUAACUUUUCGUGUUGAAUAUCCACCUGAAAUAUACGUUUAUUAUUAUUUUGUUUACCGAGUGCAAUUGUUCGGCCUUCCUAUGCAAAGCUUUCCUAAAUCUUCUAAUUAAUAAAAGAGUGUCUUUAUUAGCUGGGCUUCUAGGUUAAAUGACACAACCACAGAAAGUAUGUUUUACUUUCUAGAAGAUCAUGUAAGUUGC